AUGGCCAAACAGAACCAACAGUUGACAGCUUUGCAAGAGAUCAAUGAUCAGAUUGCUCAGUUGAGGAAAAGAAACAAGGCACGAGUCCAACGAGGAAGAAGCUACCUAUUUUGGGAGAGGAACCUUGAUGAAUGGUUUCACUACAACAACAUUCUGAAAGAAGAGAGACUAUCUUAUGCCAUUGAUCAACUAAGAGGUAAUGCCUUUAAAUGGUGGGUACAAGAAGAAGAUGAUAGAUGGUUUUACAAGGAGCCAGCUAUCAAAACGUGGAGAGAUCUUAAGGAAGUCAUGAGGGAUGAAUUUUCACCAGAACUCACAAGUUCUAAGAUCCGAAAGAUAUACCCAAGGAGGUAUCUAACUCAUGUUUCCAAAGAAAAGCCAGAACCUGUUAUUGUCCAAGUAAAGGCUAAGGUAAGUCCUAUACUUGAUAAAUCAGUUAAUGAAUCAUCUACCACUUGUAUGAGUCACUUGUCUUUGUCCAAGAAUGUUAAGACAGGUCCUGAGGUCCAGAAAGAGACGAACUCAACAUCCUUGUUGAGAUCAAAAGUUGUCCAUGAUUUAAGUCCAAGAGACAAGGAGAUUUUAAACACAAAUAAAGAAGAGCCAACAAGCCAAGGAACUAAGGAGCAUGAAUUCAAAGGAGAGGAGCCACCAGGCGCCACACCUGUGAUGGACCAUAAGAUGGUUCAAGACACAAUGCAGUCCAUGUUGUUUAAAGAAGCAAAACCGAUCCUAAAAGUAUCCCACCAAGGGAGAAUAAAUGAAAGCUAUAAGCUUAUUGAAGUCCCAAAGAAAGAACCAGACCAUAAGCUCAGCCAUGAAUUCACUCCCAAGUGGAAACCGAAAUCUGAACAAUCUAUUGUUCAAGUUCCAAAACCUAUGAGUGUUGAGAUUAUUUCAGGUUGCCAAGAAGAAAGCUUCAAAGAAAUCCCACCGGAUAAUCUUAUGUUGCUAGGAGAAUCAACUCCAAGGAAGAUCAGAAACGUGGCCACCCAAACUUUAAAGGACCAUCCACUCCAGAAGAGAU